UGUCGUCUGCUGCAAUAAUUAGCAUAUCGAAUCAAAAAAUGAAGGUUUUUGUGCAGUUGUAAUUCUUUGUAUUUGUAAUUGUGAGUUGUGCAAUGAUUUGAUUUUAUUGUUAUUCAACAUGCUUAUUUCCAUAAAAUACAAUUUCAUUCUAUGUGUUCUAAAUUUUUGGCUGAUUCCAAAUGUGAACAGCUCCAUUCACAAGAAUGUCAAAUACUUUGAUACAAUCCAUGCAUCAGAUCUUAGCCACUCAAUUGUAAAGCGAGGCUUGAAAGAAAGUAAUCAUCCUUACAAUAAAAUCAAAGAAGUCCGAUUCAGUACUCUGGGAAAGGACUUUAGACUGAUACUUACUCCAAGAAAAGGAGUUCUUCAUUCAAAAUUCCAAGCUUAUAGUGUUGAUGGUGAUGGAAAGGAGAAACCUGUAUUCAUUGAUCAUGAAAACUUCUAUGAUGGGAGAGUAUUUGGUGAGACGUGGUCCGAUGCAAGUGUUCACAUGGAGGAUGGAUUAAUGACUGCAACUAUACAAGUACCUGAUGAAACAUAUCAUAUCGAGCCAUCUUGGAGGCAUCUACCGCAUCUUGAUAAUAAAACCAUGGUCACCUAUAGAGCAUCAGAUGUUCAAUUCAGUUGGGACCAAGGCCAAACACCCCAUCGCCCCUGUGCUCAUGUCAAGGAAGGUGAUGAUAGCGAAGAUGAUGAUGAUGACGAUGAUACGGAAUUGGUAAAUGGUCCAGUCGAUGAAAUUAUUUUUGAAAAGGACGAGGAUAGUGAUGUGAAGGUCCGAGCCAAACGACAAUCAGACACAUAUGAAUACACUCCCACAAAAACAAGAUGUCCUCUUCUUCUGGUCGCCGACUAUAGAUUCUAUCAAGAAAUGGGAGGAAGCAAUACUAAAACGACAAUAAAUUAUCUGGUAAGUUUCUCAGGCGGCUUGUUAUAGUUAAAUGCAACAACC